AUGGAUUUUGCACGCGAGACCAAUUUUAAGGAAUCUGACUUUCCCAUCCAAAAGAGAAAUUCUAACGGCAACGGUAUAUCUCACUCACACUCUCCUUACGUCCGUGAUGAUUCCCCUAUUGACAUGGACGGUUUAAGUUGGCCUAGUCUUGGUACCAAACAAAGGUUAAAUGAGACCGAGGAGCAAAAGGAAGAACGCAUAAAUAAGUUAUCCGAAGCCGUCAAAACGAUCAUAGAAUGUAUUGGGGAAGAUCCCAACAGGCAAGGGUUAUUAAAGACACCUGACAGAUAUGCGAAGGCUCUAUUGUUCUUUUCUAAGGGAUACGAAGAAAGUAUUGAGCAGAUUAUUAACGAUGCUAUAUUUGAAGAAGAUCACGACGAAAUGGUUAUUGUCAAAGACAUUGAUGUGUUCUCUUUAUGCGAACACCACCUUGUUCCCUUUACUGGCAAGAUCAGCAUAGGAUAUAUCCCGAAUCGCCGCGUUUUAGGUUUAUCAAAAUUGGCAAGAAUUGCAGAAAUGUUCUCUAGACGACUACAAGUUCAAGAACGACUCACAAAACAAAUCGCGGUAGCGCUUCAAGAAAUAUUGAAACCUCAAGGUGUAGCAGUUGUUAUGGAAGCUACGCACCUGUGCAUGGUGAUGCGUGGUGUACAGAAACCCGGAAGUUCCACCGUCACAAGCGUUAUGCUAGGAGUAUUUAGGGAACAAGCGAAAACCAGAGAAGAAUUCUUGAGACUCAUAAGAAGCUAG